AUGAUUCAAAAUAUCUUUAUAGUUGGAGGUUGGAAUAAUAAUAACUAUAUAACAUUAAAAAGUAAAAUUAAUAUUAUAUGUGAUCAAUGUAAUAAAAGAAUGAAAGAAAAUAGUAGUUUACCAUCUGAUGAAUUUGAUUUAUUUUUAAGUAAAAUUAAAUUGACUUUAAUUGGUUUUAAUUUACCAGAAAAAAAACCUGAUGGUAAAGAUAAAGAGGAUGAUGAUGAUGAUAAUCCAAAUAACUAUAUAGUUGAUUCUACUCUCGUCUAUGAUCGAUCAUCAAUUCCUCAUACUUUUAUUAUUUGGCAAUAUGCCGGUCAAGAAAAGGACUUGCAUAAUUCACGAUCUGAUUCAUUCAUUCACGCAAUCUAUGGAUUUGAUCCAACAUCAAAACACCUCCGAGCAUGCAUAUGCUCAAAUGCUUAUAAAUUACCACAUUAUGAUGAUUUUUUUAAACUAGUAUUAUUGAAUGUUGGAAAUCCACAGUUUCUCUAUCCUUCAUUUAAUAGUGAUUAUUUAAAAAAUAAAUUUAAUGAUUUAUUGUCAAGAGUUGAAGUAGCAUCACUUUUUUGA